AAUUUAAACCAAUCGCGACAAGCCACAACAAGACAGCCGACAGCCGGUUAGCCACGUCUUUUAGACUCAGUUCUGUCUUUUGUCCAUCAGUUAUUGCGGAAAGUUCAUAGCUGUUUAGUGGUCGAUAAAUAUAAGUUCUUAAAUAACAAGAUGAACACCAAAGUGUUUGUGUUUUUCUUGGCCAUUGUGGGCUGUACGUUUGCUGGCGAACAGGAUGUAUUAGACUUAACCGAUAAUGAUUUCUCGUCACGAAUUGCCGAUAUCGAUACAACACUGGUCAUGUUUUAUGCUCCAUGGUGCGGUCAUUGCAAGAGACUAAAACCUGAAUAUGCUAAGGCCGGUGAAUUGCUUCGUGGUUCGGAUCCUCAAAUUGUUUUAGCUAAAGUUGACUGCACGGAAGGAGGAAAAGAUACUUGUUCCCAGUUCUCUAUUUCGGGUUAUCCAACAUUGAAGAUUUUCAAAAAUGGCGAAUUCAGUGCGGAUUACAAUGGACCCAGAGAAGCAGCUGGUAUUGCGAAAUUCAUGAAAGCACAAACUGGUCCCGCAUCGAAGGACUUGCUAACAGUGACCGAAAUUGAAGAGUUCUUGAAGGUUCAAGAGACAACUGUCGUCGGAUUUUUCGAAAAGGAAACCGAUCUCAAAGCCGUUUUCCUUAAAUACGCUGACAAAUUCAGAGAGAAGUUGCGUUUCGGUCAUUCCAGUGCCGCUGAUGUUCUUAAGAAUUACAAGGAGACCAAUGGCAUUGUUUUGUUCCGUGCUCCACAAUAUCAAAAUAAAUUUGAACCGAACUCUGUCACCUUUAAGGGCACUUCGUUGGACGAACUAACAACAUUCGUGAAGGAAAAUUUCCAUGGUCUUGUCGGCCACCGUACUCGUGAUUUGGCUCAAGAUUUCAAAAAUCCGUUCGUCAUUGCUUACUACACGGUUGACUAUGCCAAAAAUCCAAAGGGUACCAACUACUGGAGAAACCGUAUUCUUAAAGUUGCCAAGGAAUACAGUGGAGACUAUCGGUUCGCCGUCAGCUCGAAAGACGAUUUCCAACACGAAUUGAACGAAUAUGGAUACGACUACACCGGAGAGAAACCAGUCGUUUUGGCCCGUGAUAAGGACAAUCAAAAGUUCAUCAUGACCUCUGAAUUCUCUGUUGAAAAUCUGCAACAAUUCUUGUCGGAUUUGGAAGAAGGAAACCUUGAACCAUAUUUGAAAUCCGAAGCCCUUCCAGACUCGAACGAUGGACCUGUUAAAGUGGCUGUGGCAAAGAAUUUCGACGAAAUUGUCACCAACAAUGGCAAAGACACUUUGAUCGAAUUCUAUGCUCCAUGGUGCGGUCACUGCAAAAAGUUGACCCCAGUGUUCGAAGAGCUUGGAACCAAAAUGCUUGACGAAGACGUCGAAAUCGUCAAAGUCGAUGCAACUGCCAACGAUGUGCCACCACAAUUUGAAGUACGUGGUUUCCCAACAUUGUUCUGGUUGCCGAAAGAUUCGAAGAGCAAGCCAGUCAAAUAUGAUGGCGGUCGUGAAGUCGACGAUUUUGUUAAGUAUAUUUCUGCACAUGCGACCAACGAACUGAAGAACUAUGAUCGCAGCGGUAAAGUUAAGAAGAAUGAUAAAUCUGAACUGUAAAUAGAUGUAGUCGAGAAAUUGAGUGAGAGAGCGAGUAUAUGGUCUCAGCAAUUGACGUAUGUAAUUUGUUCAUCUAAAUUCUUUCUUUUUUUUGUAAUAACGCUGCGUGAUACAUGAAUGAGUGAACAUAAGUUGUGAUUUUUUUAAGAGUCUUGCGCGGUAAUUUAUCCAACUUUUUUUGAUAGCUUGGACUGUCACGUGUAGAACCUUUCAGCUAUAGCGUAGUGUCUAAAAACCUUUCUUUUCGGCGAUCAAAAUUUGAUUUUUGUAAUGGUUUCGUACCGUAAAUGUUCCCAACCCAAAUUUGUUGGGAAAAUUCUUAAAUAUUUUCUUAGGGAAACUUUUUUUUUCUUUCGGUGAAUAAUUUUAGCGACAAACACAAAAUAUUGUUAUGUUAAGCGAUAAUUAAACAACUAUGAUCUGUAUCUGUACUUGUGCAUUUAAGAAGAAACAGGAUUAAUAAAAGAUCAUUUUUCCACUUACAAAAAAAA